AUGCGAGCCUACUUAAACUUAUGUGAAAGACUCUCUCAGGUUUAUCUCAAUCAGUGGACCUUGAUGCUUGUGUUGAUGACUCUCAAAAUAUUCUUGUUUAGGAACGCCUUGUCAAAUUCAAUAAGCAAAGCAUCCGAUGAAACUGCCCUUGUUUGUGAGUACCUUAAAGCAUACAGCUCCUUGAUCUCUAUAAUACCUCAAAGAUUGGUCAACAUGGCCAAUCAACUCUUACUAGAAGCAUUGGACGAGCUAAAUGUCGGUACAGUCUACGUUGUCAAGUUCAUUUUGACUAUUGUAGAGUAUUUAAUUGUAUUUUACAUAGAGGUACUCUUCGGUACUAUGACUUGUUUAAUAACAGCAGCUUUGACCGGGACUGUAGAUUUAGCAUUGGAUUCCACUGAGCUGCUAAUUAGCUCAGUGAAUCUGACAAUUAUUGGGCUAGCAGAUGACGUUCAGCUGGGUUUGGAUGGACUCUCUACUAUAUUAAAUGAAGUAAUUUCAGCUUACGAAAAAGCUGAAAGCUUUUUCACGGGGAAAACUUAUAAUGCUACUGACUAUGUAGAUCAGAUAAACCUAACUGUUAGUGCUUUGAAGAAUCUUAAAAUUCCUAGCUCAGUAACUGAGUCUAUUGAAGCAAUCAAGACUGAUGUUCCAACCUUUUCAACCAAUUCGACUGUAGAGUUCAUAGAAUUUGGGUUUGAUCUGAUCAAGUCAAAAGUGACUUUGAAACUAGCGCAGAAUGUAACGAUUGCAGAUUUUUCAAGCUUCCCAACUUUGCAAGAAAUUCAAUUCUGUAGUUCAACUACAGAGUUUGAUAAAGAUUAUGGAAAGAUCGGAAAUAUAAUACAGCGAACUGCAAAUUGGAUUUUAAUUGCACUAAUCGUAGCAAGUUGUACAAGUGUUGUUCUUUUUGCAAUAUCAGAAUAUUUGAAGUGGAAUCGACAGAACAACUUAGCUGAAGAGCUUUCUGGGACUUUGAACCUACUGGAAGAUUCCAGGAAGUCACAAUUGCUUAGAAUCAUCAGUAUUUAUGAAUGCCAAGCUUCUUAUCUCUUUAGAAAGUAUUUUGAUGUCUCGCUGAUUUUCAUUCCCUAUGUAUUUUCUCCAUAUGCCAAUUUUAUAUUUGGCUUAGGUACCUGUUCAUUGAUCACUGUCGGUUUACAAUCGUUGAUAAUACGUGAAUUGAGCAGUGAAUUUGCUAAAGUGAAAGGGUACAUUGUUAAAUCAGCUCUAGGUGACUUCGACUCUACAUUUCUGGCAGCUGCAAAGAAUUGGACUUCUGAAACAAACUUGUUCCUCAGUGAGCAAGAAUCUCAGUUGAACGAAGAAUUGUUUGGAUGGAUUCAAAGCGUCACAACCACAGUGAAUGGUAGCGUAAACAGUUUGAUGCUGGACUUGAAUAAAGGUCUAUCGAUCUUCAAUAAUACCGUACUUUAUUCCCCUAUGAAUACUGUUGUAUACUGUGUCAUAGGAAGGAAGCUUGAAGAAAUCCAAGAAGGUUUAGAAUGGGUGCAUAAAAAUGCAGAACUAACACUUCCCCACAUCUCUGAGAAUCUACUAUCUAAUGAAUUAAGCAGCAUAGUUGGAUCUAACACAUCAAUUUCAACUAUAGAAACUUAUGGAACUAAGUUAGGAGAUACACUAGAUAGCAUUAUUGAAGUGUACAAAAAACAGUUGAAAACAGAGCUACUAGUUGCCAUAUGCCUACUUUCGGUAUGGUUUCUUCAAGUAAUAUUUGGAACCAUUUUGGUACUUGUGAGAAAAAAUUCCUAUUUGGGACUGCGCAUGAAAAAUAUGUUGCAUAAUUCAUCUGCAGAACGUAGUGAGAGUCUCGAGAAAAAAAACUAUUUGCAGCCAAGUGCACAGGAUAUCAGUAGUCCAAGACAGCUUACUUUGGAUGAGAAGAGACUAUAUGGAUACCCAUAUGUUGAUCCAUAUGAAAAUUUUAUAAUUAACGGCAAUGCUGGACCCUCUUCUAGUGUAUAUAGCCAUGGUGACACAUUACAAUUUACAAUUUCUUCGGAUGAUCGCUCUCAUACAUUUACAUACUCUUCCAAAAGCAAAAAAUAA